AUGGCAGCCGACAGCAACGUUUUGCGUGCAAGUGUGCUCUUCACGAUUUGUUUUCUAUCAGUACUAGUUGUACAAGUAUCAUCAAAUCUUGGUCCAAUAUAUCACUGUGAUGGUUCCCACACAGAUAGCUGGCUGUUACCAGUGCAGGUGCUCGCAGCAGAGCACGAAACCAACGAGGUUCUGCGGCGCACAAAGCGGCAAGUCUCAGCAGUCGGCCCAGUCAAUCGUGCGUCUGCCACCGACAAUGAAGAGCUUAACAGACUUGCGCAAGAGGCGCCCAUAAACAACUCCACCAAUAACACUGUGCUAGAGGUCGACCAUGACUACUACGUCGUCAGCUACCUUAACGAGGAUGGAUUCGAGGACAACUGGGUGGAUCUAGAUGCGGAGAAUGCUACAGAAAUCAGCUACGUGCUGUCCUCCAGCCACAAGCUGGCUGCGACAGUGGAGCUGAAAUUUGACUUUCCCUUCUAUGGCCACAUGAUAAGAAACAUCACGAUCGCCACCGGAGGUUUUAUCUACACUGGCAACUUCAUUCAUCAGUGGAUGACGUCUACUCAAUAUAUUGCACCGUUGAUGGGCAAUUUUAACCCCAGCCUCCACAAUGACUCGGUGAUCCGCUAUUUUGAUACCGAGGACGGUAGCUUCAUCGUGGAGUGGAAGAAUGUGCUCCUGCAUGACCAGCAGACGGUCGGCAACUACACAUUCCAAGUGAUACUGUUAGAGAAUGGCGAUAUAACUUUCAACUACGAGCAGGUGCCCAUACCGAUAUCGAACUUGAGCACGGUGUUGCAUCCCGUUAAGCUGGGCGUCUCCGAUGCUUACAUGUUCAUCAGCGAGCACUUCAACCACUAUAGACAGAGGACCUUCUAUCAUUACCACACAGUGAAAUUAAACUUUACUUACGUGGCCACCCGCAAAUCCAUCUACCUCAAGCACCAACCGACGUGCAUCAUGUACAGCGAAGGCUGCGAAGAAUGCCUGGAGUCGGAGGCAAAUCGUGAUGCUGAUGUCUUCAACUGUCGCUGGUGCCCCAAGCUACAACGAUGCUCCAGUGGUGUCGAUCGCAGGCGCCAAGAGUGGAUCAUGGCCGACUGUCAGACAACAUCGAUAACAGACCCGGACGCGUGUGCCGAAUUCGGCAACGUAACGCAGGAGGUGUCAUCUGUAGCGCCAACGGCUGCCGAAGCUGGAACACCACAAGCAACAACGCAACCAGGAGGGGUUGUCACGACAAAGACGUCCAAUUCUGGUGGCCAGUCUGGACACCAUUCAUCCGGUCCAUCCAUAAUGUCCAAGUCUGCAGGCAUCGGUAUUGGUCCCGCCGGCAUAGCCGCCAUCAUUGCUGUGUUCCUCCUCGUCGUAGUGUUAGCAGGAUGGAUCUACUAUGCCUAUUCUCAUCCUACUAGCCUGUCGGGCCAACUACUCAUCAAGUACCGUCCAAGCAACUGGCGUAGCCGAGGCGGACGCGAGAACACUCGCUACCAGGUGGCGCUGCACAUGUAGCGGCGCGGUCAUCCGUAUUGAUGACAACAAUGAACCAUUUUUGUUACGGAGUCUUUUCUCACGACGCUGGAGCCGGACAUGUACACACGCCUUAUCGCUUUGCGUCGACGACAUUUGCUAGAAUCUCACGUGGCUGGUACGAGCUUCGCGCAUUUCAGUGGAGCGGAAGAGAGGAGGGACACGCUGUAAUAAUCCCUACGAACAUCGAGGGCAAAAGUUUGCAGAUUGUUACUUUGGGGGGUGAGACAACAACACGUGUAGAAAGAUGCCGUGUGAUCUGCACUCUGCCGUGCGGUCCUGACUAAGACAAAGCGCACUUCACUGUAACAUCUGCUGAUAUUAGAUUUCACAUUGGCGUCCCGGCGUCCGACGCGUGCGUGAUUAAGAUGUGGUUCGCGUGCGGAAUCACUCGCUCUCGUCAUUCUCGAUACAUUACACGUGGUGCGUGUUAGGAGUACGUUUACGCUGAUCAUUACGCCUUAUACUUUUGUAUCUGUGCGAUGUUUUCACUACGCAAUAUAGAUCUAUACUAUAGCAUUUAUUCCACGAAAUCUGUGGUGAUAUAUCAGUGAGGUGAGUGACUAAUGGAUAGGUGGUGUGCGUGUAGCUGUGGACACGUGGGGCAAAGGACAAAAUGGGGUAAAGAUUUGGAAUGUGAUUUGAUUUCGAUAAUUGUAAUAGCGUCGGCAUUGCCGUGGGUCUCACUCUGCUCAGCUGUAGGCUAGAAGGGUACUUCACUUCCGGUGAUAUAAUGAGUGGACACAGUCACUGUCUCCGAGAUAAGGUGUAGGGAUACUAUGUCGUUAGGUUUGUAAAUUUGUUCUUAUCAUGGUCGCCUUUGCAACGGUGCCGGCCUGGACGAAUAUAUAUCAAACGAUUGCUGUGAUACGAUAGUUUAUAUUUUUUUCACGGCUUUUUUACCUCGAGUGUUUGAAGUCGUGUGAUACGUCAGCCGAUGUGAGUUUCUGACCAGAUAAUGAGUGGGAUCUUGCUGCUGUGUGUACGCACGCAGAGAGCCUUGGCGCGUGAUCUAACGGUCAGUCGGUGUUUGAGUGCGGCGCGACGUCAGUUUUACAUUGCAAAGAGCGGGGUGUAAAAUAUUACGAUGGUAAAUUACAAGGCUGCUUGUAAAACUUGUGAAUACGUAGUGUGUGUGUGUUGUCGACCCCAUCUACACACGUUGUGAGUAGUCGGGCACUCGCGCACGCACGGAGAGUCUGGGAAUGACCAGCGUGCAGUAUUGCCGAACAGUUAUAUACUAGUGUGGGGGCGCGAAUCAAAUCUGUUAGUGAACUCGUGCACAUCCUACUCCCCCGCCCCCUUCUAGCUGUCUCUCGAAUGCCUGUUGUAUGAUGCAAAUACAUUAUACGCACCUCAUACCUAUCUCAAGCUGUAGAUAUGAUCGUGCAAACCCUGACUGAGCGAGCUACCCCGCUGGCUUACGUCAUCGUAUCUACCCAAAAUGUCGCCCAGCCAUGCUGCGAGACUAGCGUCUUUAGACAACAAGUACUAUACGACUAUAAUAAUAGUGCCUCAUGUAUUACCCUUUCUUGGAACUACUGAAAGUGAUGCAAGCAUAUCUGUAUACAUGUAUCACACAAAGGUGCGAAGUUAGGCAUCGUAUUACGAUAUGCGUAGACGUGCGUGUGCACGUCUUUUUUGGAAAUGUGGAAUUUCGGUAUAGUAUAAUUAUUUGCACCCUGUUACGUGCGGUAGGGUGUAAACUGUGGGAUGAAAUUAAGAGUAGAUAAUAGAGUCUCUAUUAUCUACUCUUGAUGUAAUGCAAGUACAAUUUUACAAUUUUGCACAGGCAGUCAGCGGAACCCACUGUGAACAUAGCAUGUGCUGGUUGCUGGAACAUGCGUGAACCGAUAUUAUAUAUGUAUAUAUUACUAUCGGGAGCGAAAAAAACCAAAGAUCUGCUUUUAAUCACUCCUGCUACUAUGUAUAAUUAUGUUCAUGAUAGUGAUAGUAUGUAUGCAUUAGUUCAUAUUUGUUUCCUGUUCAUGAUAAUAUACCAACCCCUGCACGAUGAAGACCGCUAGAAGGCAGCAUGACUCCUGUGUUUGUUUCCAUGGUUACCGGCAGACGACGCUGUUUCCCUGUGCGCGUAUUAUGUAGUUUUUAAAUAGAAAUCAUCUUCUACGUUUUCGUCCCGUAUGAAAAGCGUUAGAACUAUAUAUAUAUAAAAAGAUACGCGAUGUCGCGCGUUACGUUGCGUGUACGUGUACUGACAUUGAAAAUGUUCGUCACUGUGCCCGUUGCUUAAUUGUUGUUGUCGGCGGAGGUUGUACAUGGACAUGUACGAAUGUAUACACGCGUGCGCAUUUCACGCUCGUGUACGAACCGUAUGUGACGUCGAGCUGCAACGCGAGGCUACGAAUCUCUGUGCUCGCGCGCGAAAUAUAGGCUAGCUGUUACUUUAGCUGAGAGGGUCUAUGUCCCCCGGGGUACUGCCGGAACGUACCAUGGGUACG